CUGUGGUUCAUGCUUGGCACUGAGACUAGUCCACGUUGUUCUCACUGUCUGACUUCGCUCCAGUUCCCCUCCCUCUAUCCCUCCCUCACUCUCUCUUCCUCGGCUUACAAUAUACACCUAUCUAUCUCUCAGCAUCAGCAGUCUCUUCAUCAGUCUCCGCGUUAGGCAGUGUAUAGCGCAAAGCAUGGCACCUCUGCGUCCCGGAGAACCGGUCUCAGCCGCUGCGCACCUCUGCGUCUUUCUGUUGACCGCCUCGGCCUGGAUGGCACUACCGGGACCUGUGCGCUGUGGCAGCAUGGCUUUAAACCGGCGAGGCUGGGAAGAUCGCACGUUUGACUUGGGCGCCGGAGAAGGAGGCUCCCCUCCGGGCCAAGAAGCCGUCGGGGCGGGGAGCACACCCCGUAUCAGGAGAGCGCUGUCCUGGGAUAAACAAAUGUCCCUGUUAAGCAGCUCGUUCGUGCUUAAAGGGGAUGCAACCCACAACCAAGCGAUGGUCCACUGGACAGGAGAGAACAGUAGCGUCAUCCUGAUCCUGACCAAGUACUACCACGCUGACUCCACCAAAGUGCUGGAAAGCUCACUGUGGAGGUCUACUGACUAUGGCACAACCUACACCAAACUCAACCUGAUGCCAGGGACGACCAUUGUGGUGACAAGUUUCUACAUUUGCCCAACUAACAAGAAAAAGGUAAUUCUGGUGGGUUCAUCCAUAAAUGAACGAGAUCAAAUGCUGUUUAUCAGCACAGAUGAAGGUUCCUCCUUCCAGCGGCAGUCCAUCGCCUUCACACCAGACACGCUUAUCUUCCACCCCAAGGAAGAAGACAAGCUGCUGGCCUUCUGCAAGGAGGGCAGGCUCUUUGCUUCAACAGAUCUGGGCCGCAAGUGGACAUUACUUCAGGAGAGGGUGACAAAGGACAGAGUUUUCUGGUCUGUAUCUGGUGUGGAUGUGGAUCCUGAUCUGGUGCACAUGGAAAUGCAAGAUACAAGUGGAGGUUACCUGUAUGUUACCUGCCUCAUUCAGAACUGCUCGGACAAAAUGGUGACAGCACAGUUCCUUGGAAAAAUCGAUCACAACUCCCUGCUGGUACAGGAUGACUACAUAUUUGUCAAGGUCACCACAGGCAAUCGCACCAAGCACUAUGUGUCCUACAGGCGGAAUGAAUUUGUCCAGAUGAGGUUUCCCAAGUAUGCCUUGCCAAAGGAUGUUCAGAUAGUGAGUACAGAUGAGAACCAGGUCUUCCUUGCACUUCAGGAGUGGUAUCAGUUGGACACAUACAACCUGUACCAGUCAGAUCCCGAAGGCAUCUACUACUCCAUUGUUCUGGAAAAUGUUCGCAGCACCAAGCAGCCAGAGGAGAAUGUCCUCAUUGACAUUCUGGAGGUACGUGGAAUCAAAGGAGUCUUCCUGGCCAACCAGAAGAUCGAUGGAAAAGUGACAACUCUAAUAACUUAUAACAAAGGACGUGACUGGGAACCCUUGAUCCCACCUACCACUGACAUGAAUGGCAAGCCAGUCAGCUGCAAAGCACCAGACUGUCAUCUUCACCUCCACCUGCGCUGGGCGGACAACCCCUAUGUGUCUGCUGUCCACACCAAAGACUCUGCUCCAGGUCUCAUCAUGGGUGCUGGUAACCUCGGCUCCAAGCUAGGGUAUAAGGAAGAGAUGUAUAUCACUUCAGACUGCGGAAAGACAUGGAGACAAGUGUUCGAGGAGGAGCAUCAUAUCCUGUAUCUGGACCAUGGCGGGGUCAUUGUUGCCAUCAAAGAUACCUCUAUUCCGCUCAAGAUACUCAAGUUCAGUAUCGAUGAAGGGCACACGUGGAACAUUCACAACUUUACAAGCACCUCUGUGUUUGUUGAUGGACUCCUAAGUGAGCCAGGAGAUGAGACCCUGGUCAUGACUGUUUUUGGCCAUAUCAGCUAUAGGUCUGACUGGGAGCUGGUCAAAGUGGACUUCAGGCAGUCUUUUCCCCAUCAGUGCACUGAGUCUGAUUAUGACUCCUGGCAGCUCACAGAUCAGAAGGGAGAGAAGUGCAUUAUGGGCCAGGAGCGGACAUUCAGGAAGAGGAAGGACACUGCGUUCUGUGUAAAAGGAAAAAGCUACACCUCAACUCUGACCAACAAACCCUGCCAGUGCACUGAGAAAGACUACAACUGUGAUUAUGGUUUUGAGAGAUCCCACAUGGAAAGCGACCGCUGCUUCUCUGACUUCUGGUAUGAUCCAGAUUCACCACCCGAAGACUGCCACCUAGGACAGACCUACAUGUCCAGCACUGGCUACAGGAAAAUGAUAUCUAACUCAUGUGAAGGGGAGCUAAACAAACAGCAGAGUUCGAAAAAGCACAGCUGCCCCCUGCUUGCCCCUAAAGGACUAAAAGUUGGCAUAAAAGGGCAGAUGCUGGCUGUGGCACCUGGGGAUGACAUCACAUUUAUUGUCCACCAGGAGCAGGGUGACACCAGCAACACCAAGUAUCAGGUGGAUCUUGGUGACGGGGUUCGGGCAAUUUAUCAGAACCUGACGGUGACUGAUGAGCCCAUCCAGCAUCGCUACGAAAACCCAGGCAUUUACAAGGUCAAAGUGAAGGCUGAGAAUAUGGCAGGACACGAUGAGGCCACCAUGUACAUCCAGGUCGCAGCCCCUCUGCAGGAAGUACAACCUAGAAGUGGUCCCCAUUGCAGGGAGAACCAGGAGGAUCUUACUGCUAUUGUCCUUCCCAGUGAGGCCAACCUGACUGUUUACUGGUGGAUAGGAGACAGCAUGCAGCCCACUUUGACUCCACACAGCCUUCUGACUCGUUUUCCAGAGACUGGUGAAGUCUCAGUCACAGUCCAGGCUACAAACAGCCGAUCCAUGGUGCAGGACACCAGGACUGUCCAAGUUUACGAUAACUUUCAGGUCAUCCCUCUGAGCUUCAGCAGAAACCUGGACGGAUUCAACCCAAAUAUCCCAGAGUGGAGAGAUGACAUUGGCCAAGUGGUCACUAAAAUACUAGCUAAGGUUACAGGUGUACCUCAGGAUUCCCUGGUUACUGUGGUGAAACCAGGUCUCCCCACCACUGCUGACCUGUACAUCCUCCCACUGGACACCAAACCAGCCAAGAGGAGCUUGUUUGUAGAUAAGCGUAUUCCAGCCAUCCUUCAGGCCUUGAAUGACAACAACGUCAGCUUUCUGGUACGAGGAGGUCUACAGGUUCUGGUCACGUUAGCCGACCCAAAUACAGGCUACCAUGGAGCAGCAAGAAAUCCUGGUGUUUGGGCUCUAGCUGUCAUUUUCCUUAUUGGACUUAUUGCCACUGGUGUCUUCAUCCUCUAUAAGUUUAAAAGGAAGCUUCCAGGGAGCCGCAAUGUCUACGCCCAGAUGCACAAUGAAAAGGAGCAGGAGAUGACCAGCCCCGUCAAUCACAGUGAGGACACCCAGCACAUCAUCCAGGGCGAGGAGUUCAUCGAUGAUGACCUGGACUCACAGACUCUAGGCAAUCAUUCGGGUGUGGUCCUGAGCAUCAACUCCAGAGAGCUACACAGUUAUCGGACCAGCUGAUGGCUGCCAUGGCAAUGCUGAAGAGCUAGCCUAGCCUAGCUGAGCUGGCUAAUGAGCACAGGGACUCCACUCUGCCUUCCUCCUCCUCUCUUCUUUCCAUUUUCUUCCCCUCCUCAGACACCUCACCUCAACUCCAUGGCCUCUUCAACUCUUCUGCUUUAGCUUCUGUGCAAUUUUUUUUCUUUUUUUUUCAUUUUGGGGAGGUGCUGACCCUGGUAGUAGGACUCUAUCACAGUAAUCCCCCCUUCUCUUUUUAUACCAGCCCUGUACACCCAGCCAGUGACCAUCUUGAAGGCUCAUCUGUGUGUGCAGUGUCUGUCUCUUAACACAGCUACAGUCAGCAAGCUUGCGUCGUGGUUUCCACUGAUACUGACAGUCAGAGAUGAACCAGCCUUUGCUCUCAGCGCUAAAAGGAUUUCUAAGCACUAAAAGUACUUUGCAUUGUUCUCCUCUGUUAUUGCCCCCCCGCACACAAUUAUCACUCUGCUCCUCUCUUCAAAGGCAAUAAUCUCAAUGGAAUGUAGGUUAUGAUAUAAACCCUUGUGAAUUUGCAUAUGAAGAGCAUACACAUGCAAACACAAGAGGGCAGUGUUGCACUUUUGAAAUCUCCACUCACAGGUACUUUGAGAGCUCAGCUUCUUUGGAAUAUAUUGUAUGUACACACAGCUUUGUUUAUUUUUUAAAAAGAAUACAGUCACGUCCUGUUCAAAAGUAUCACAUUUACAGAAGUCUGGUGUGUGGUGUUUCUGAUCAGUUUCACCUUUGUCUGUCCCAUGGUGCCUCAAACAGCAGAUGUAAAUCUGCACAGUGAUAUUUCCUGUUGUCAAGUUAUUUCUGGAACCAGUGCGGCCCUUUCUCCUCUCCCUUGUCCUUGUCCUCAUCCUCACAUUUUCUGGGUCAGAGCAGACCCCUUGGAGACAAAGGUUGCCAGCUGUAGUUGAUAUAUUUUAUUGUAUCAGCCUAUAUUAGGCGUAGCCCGUGGUGGAAUCAUGUCUCCUUAAAGGUUUGGUUCAUUGUAUGUAAAUGUGUAAAUAUGAACGGUGAUCUCCAAUUUGUAAAUAUCCACUUUGUGUGUGAGUGUUUUACACUAAUACCAAAAUGCAUAGCUUUUUUUCCCCUCUUUUUCUGGAGUUACCUAUUGCAGUUUCCCAAGUUUGAAGAAAGUCUCACUGUUUCCACUUUCCUCAGCAUCAUUGCCUGCUUCACAUGUAUCUAUUUUCGGUAUUUUCAGUAUAAUCUCAUGAGUAGGGAUAUUUCACGGUCUUCAUUGUUAACUGGAAAUAAUUUCUUUGUCUUACAAACUUACACAGUGACAGCGAUGUAGAUUGAUAUUUUUGAUAUACUUGUCAGUUUUUCUUUUCCAGUACAUGUAAACACAAGUUAGUGUCUCUGUUACCUUUUGUAGAAAUCUUUUAUGUUUGUUUGAUUGCACUAAUGAUGUGAGCAGUUGCUGUCACCAUGCACCAGACGGCAGCUGAACAAAAGUACAGACUCUGAAUCAAAAGGUCUUUACAGACUACCAGUGCUACUAUUGUCACCACCCUUUGGUUCAUCUUGUAUCUGAUGCAGCAGAUCGUAUUCGCUCGUCCUGGUUUAUCAUCUUUUGUACAUAUUUUGCUCAUGUUCAACUUGUUCUUAGUUUUCUAGUGAUGUGUCAUCAUUGUAUCAAUGUCCCCUUAAACAAAGGGGAAAUGGGGAUUAUGAUAUUCCAGUGUACUUGUCAAGAAGCUUCACAGAUGAUGGUACAGUGUAACACAGCAGUGUAAUUUUGAUCAUGCUUUUUUCCUUUUAUUAUUUUUCUCUUUUCUGCUGGUCUGUUUGAUCUCUUGAUUUUGCUAUUAAAAACAACUGUGUGUUCUCUUCAGGAAGCAUAGUGCACUCAACCUGCACCCCGGAAUAAAUCACUUCCAUAACUUGUA